CGUCCUCUUUCAUCUCAACCUCUCAUAUCGCGACAUUUUACCAGAGCCUCACCUGAAACCACCCAUUAAAGCAUCAAAUAAUCUCCAAGCCACAUCAUAUGCAAACCUCAUAGAGCAACGCAAGUCAACAUCUCCCUUUCAGCUAUACUACCUUGAAAACCGAGGCAUUUUCUUCCCAUCAAGGCUAUCAUGACAACAAAAACCAUCUGCCGCGCCUGCCACCGCGCAGCUCUUUCAACCUCCUCGGCCCUCUCAGCCUGCUUCAGCUCCAACUCCAGCCAGCCAUCAACCCGUGACUUCUCCCGCUCACGAUCUUUUACAACCGAAACCUUCCCUCAAUUCACCGCCCGCGGCGGCUCCUCCAAACUCCCUCCACCAUCACAAAUCAGCCCAUCAGUCAUCCUCUCCACGCCAACCUGGUCCGUCCGCUCUCUUCUUCCUCCAUCAUCCACACCAUCCUCGUCAACCCAACCCGAAGAAAGCGAAAUAACCCCCCAAACUCUGCACCACCUCGCCCGCCUCUCCGCCCUCCCCCCGCCCUCCGCCUCCGACCCUGCCUCCACCACCCGCCUCCUCUCGGCUCUGCACUCACACCUGCACUUCGUGCGGGCCAUCCAGUCGGUGGAUACCACGGAUCCGUCAGAUCAAGCCAAGGAGCUGGCGCCCUUGAGUUCGAUCCGAGAUGAGUCUCCGGAGGGACUGGCGGACAGCACAAUUGAUCUGAAGAUGCUUGAAGGGGCGCUGGCGGAGGAGGAUAUUGUUGGUCAUUGCCUGCGGCCGAGGCGGAGAAAGAUGGAGGAGCUGAAAGAAAAGAAGAAAAAUGAGGCUGAGGAUUGGGAUGUGUUGGGAUCAGCUGAGCAAAAGGUUGGGAGAUACUUUGUUGUCAGGAGUGGGAAGAAGGGGGAGUAGAUGAUCAAGGGGAAAAUGGCCGAGAUUCGUCUCGCGCGCCCUGGAGAAGGCAUAAGGGCUGUGGUCUGCGUGGUCUGACUAUAUAGGAGGGCUCUGUAUCUGCUAACUGAUGCCGAACGUGUGGAGAGCCUGGAAGAUUUGGAAUAGGACGGAAAACCUAAUGCGUUGAUACAACACGCGGGGCCGGGACUUUCAGGCCUUUCAGGGAACCGCGUCAGAUGCCCAGCCUGUCUGUACUGGGAGUUCACGUCUUCCGAGGGGUAUUCAAGGGACAAGAAUCACUGAGUGAGGGACUACCCGACGCUGUUGCGAUGCAAACGCCACACUACAAUAUUUGAUUGCUGUAUCAUACUAAGUGUGCCCUACCCAGAUGAUCCACAUCGGCCGCCAGAGAUUACUCUGGUAUAGAAAGCUAACUGAACUGAAGCUAAUCCUACAAUUAUUUAGAUAACGUACGAAUUCUGUCUCAUUUCUUAUGAGCCCUGCGUUGCCACCCCCUUGUCGUUGUCAUAACAUAAACAUGAGCAGGAACUUAGGUCCCAAGAAAGCCAAAGUUAAACGUUCACCAAUUCCCCCUCCCCUCCUCCCGACGAGUCGAAUUCAGCGUUCACCUCUUGUUCUUCUUCCUCAUCCGGGUCCUGAUAAUACCCGGAUCAUUUUUUGCAGCUUCCUUCGCCUUGUCUAUCACCACAAUUCCACGCUCGACGGCGUCUCGCUUCUUCUCACGCUCUCGCACCCUUUCUUCUGCGGCUACCAUGGCUGCCUCAUCUCGGCUAACCUGCUCUUGGUUGAUGUCCUCCCAGUUGAUGUGCUUUAGGAU